CGGAGGUCCACAGACAGACAGCAGAAGCAGCAGCGUGCAGCAUGCAGACUGGCCACUGACGCUGCCGUGGGAUUGAACACACACAUUGCACAGACACACACACACACACCCACACCCCUGAGGAGUGUAUGAGACAUGCCCAGGCUGCUGUCCAUGGACACACACACACUGGCAGGGCACCAGAGAGGAAAUACAGCAGACCCCCGAGCUUGAGGAGCGAUGGAGAGCAGCAUGUUCUUUGGUAACACAUGUCAGAAUGGCCUCAUGCCUGCAUUGGUGCGUCCCACCUUACCCACCGUCCAGACCUCACUGGGCCUGAAGCAGUUUCUCCCGUUUCCAUUGGAUACGGCCUCAGCUGUCCGCCUCUUCCCAGGAUUCAACACGAUGGACCCGGUGCAGAAAGCCGUCCUCCAUCAUACCCUCGGCCUCCCACCCACCGCAAAGAGGAAGCACGUCUCCUGCAGCGUCUGCCAGCUGAGGUUCAACUCACAGAGCCAGGCCUUGGCCCACUACAAGGGGACCAAACAUGCCAAGAAGCUAAAAGCCCUGGACGCUCCGAAGAGUAAGCUCAAAGGCUCAGCGGUCACCAAGGACACCGCCAACCAAGAGAUCGCCAAGGGCAUCAACACCUCGCAGGUCCCCAACGGCACAGACAGGAAAGAUGGCGUUCCUGGAGCAGCCCCCCUCCCGCUCUCCCCUGUGCUCAGACUGGCACCACUCCUUGCACCGUUGGCACCCCUGGCCUCCCUGGCCCCCCUGACCUCCCUCACAACCACGCCAACGCCGUCUGCAACUGUGGCCCCAUCACCCAUAGUCCUGAGCACCCCGGCAGCCCCGGCGGCCCCAGCCCCGGCCCCAGAGACUACCUCAGCUGCCGGAGGGGACGAGGGGCCGGCCAAAACGAACUCCCCGUCAGAAGGCGACCCCGAGCCUGAGGCCGAACCUGAGGCCGAGACAGACGGGGAGACAGAGGAGGAGAAAGCUCGCCGUCUUCUGUACUGCUCGCUGUGCAAAGUGGCCGUCAACUCGGCGUCGCAGCUGGAGGCUCACAACAGCGGUACAAAACACAAGACGAUGCUGGAGGCCAGGACAGGCGUCGGCUCCAUCAAGUCUUUCCCCCGGCCAGGAGUCAAGAGCAAACUGGCGGUCCCCACCAAAUCAGCGACGGGCCUGCAAAACAAAACGUUUUACUGUGAGACGUGUGACGUGCACGUCAACUCAGAGACUCAGCUCAAACAGCACAUCAGCAGCCGGCGUCAUAAAGACCGAGCAGCGGGUAAACCAGCCAAACCCAAAUACAGCCCCUACAGCAAACCACAGAAAGGCCAGAGCAAGCAGCCGAUAAAGCUGACCCUGGGUAAGGAUCGUCAGGUUCAGCCUCUGACUCCUCAGAUCAUCCCCGCUCACCUGGCAGCAGUGGCAGCAGCCGCCGCCGCCGCCCUCAGCAACUCUUUCCCCCACCGCACGAACCACCUCACUAACCACGCCCCCAGCCCCGCCCUCUUCCAGACUCAGACCCUCUCUGCUGCUCUGCUCCGCCCGGCCCCUGGGCCUGUCAGGACCUCCCACCCACAGGUCCUAUUUGCCCCCUAUUGACACGAGUGACCGUCUACUGUCCAGGACCAAAACCACAAGCUUCAACCCAGACCAGGAGAAGGAGACUUGUCAGCAUUUGUCAUGGUAGAGUUAUUCCGAUACCUGUGGGAGUUUCAGUGUGGGCCUCUGAUAACACCAGACGGGCUGUAUUAUAUAUGAGAUAUAAUCAGAUCUUAAUCGGGGAUGUUCAAAGGAAAAAGGAUAAAAAAUGAGAUGACAUCAGGGAAUCCUAUCUUGGCUUUUGUUCGGAUAAAACAUCAAUUUAAUAAUUCAUAUCUUUUGAGUAGGAUUGGGUUACCUCUGUUCCAAGAACUUUGGACUUGAAUCCAGUUUCCAGGAUAAUACGAUAGGAUCAGGAUUAACCAACAUUUUUUAAAAGGUCUCCCAAUAGAACUUUUUUAAGCCAAUGGUUAUCAAUAGGAACGUUUUUGAAUAUUCUCACUUGAUUUGUUGCAUCAACAUAGUAGAUGGAUGUCUGGGUUGUAGAAAGAUAGAUCAUUUUGCCCUUUAAUAAUUCACAGAAUAGCAUCAGUAUCAAACAUGAAAUAUUUAAUAGAAAAUCUAACAGUUUGUGUGACCUUUGGCGCCCCCUGUUGACAAAAUGUGCAGUAUUAUGUCUUAUUUAGAGAGCUGGUAAUCUGGAUUUGGUAAUCCUUGAGAGUCUGUUUUUGGUUAGGGGUGAUGAGAUCCAGAUAUUCUUUAUAAACUAAGACAAAAAGUGAAUCUAGAAUCCUUCCCAGGUUAAACUUUUGAACAUCAUGGCCCUGGCUUCUGGUCAAUCAUCAUGUGACAAUAACAAACAACUGUCUGGUUAGUAUCAGCUGAGCCAACUAUAUGUUAACAAUCAGUGUUUUUGCAGCUGUUAUAUGUGAUGUGUGAUCACCCGGGUACUAAUCUGGUCUGUACUAUUACUCUGGGGAUUUAGAAAGGGGAGAACGGUAUCGGAAUAUCUCUAUUCUAUGCAUCAACCAGGACCCUGAACAUCUUCAUACUGUGACCAGACCUUCAUCACUCACUCCUCAACACUCCUCUGUACGGAUUAUCCCAGAUUCAAAGCUAACCUCUGGAUUACUUCUCUUCUCUGAGAAACUUGGGCUAAAGCAUCCACUCUGCCACUCAUAGCUCAUACCUGGACCCUGAACCUGGACCUGGACCUACAUUGUACCGCAAUAAUAUAAAAGACUAACCCCCGUGAACUAUGCAGUGUCAUUACGUCAUGAUGCAAGGCACAGUUUGAGCUAAAGUACAGUGAGGAUAUGCUUUCGGCGCGGCGAUAAGAUCAUUGCUUCAGUGGAGGAUUACUGUGGCUCCUGAUUUAAAGGCUGUUACUGAUCAUCGGAGCGAGAAAAGGCCCUCCUCUGUUCCUGUUUGCACUUUAAGCCCCGCCUCUGUUGAUGUCUCCAUUAGAUGGCUAGACUGUGUUAGAUCGUUAGCGUACGUGUCGUAAUGUGUGUUUUUGUAUACGUCCUUGCAUAUCUACGUGUGUGUAUGUAUGCAGGUGUGUUUCUGCAUGUGUGCUAGUCCAUGUUUGUAUGAUUGUGUGUGUGUAUGUGCGUGUUUGAAUGUGUGUGUGUGUGAGAGAGGUUCACAUCCACCAUAAGCCAUUCUAGUCGAUAUCCAGCACACACGUUCAUGUCUGGGGCCAGAGGGACCACAAGGCUUGUGUAUAUUAUCUGUCAGUGUGUAAAAGAUGAACAAUUUCAAAUAAAAAGAGUCCUAAUUUGUUAA